UAGUGGCAGUGGCAGCAGAGGCAGCGCUAAGAGGAGGAAGGAGCAGAGGAAACUCUCAAUGGACCUUUCAUAUCCGACAAUGAACACGGCACAUCUAGCGGACGAACUGAGAACCGAGACCAGGAGGAAGAACCUCCUCAUCCUCAUCUACCACCAUCUUCUGGGGCAAGGCUACAUUGAUGCAGCCUUAGCCUUGGACCAGGAGACUAACGUGGGUCUGCGGAGGUUCGAGGUUUGUGACAACAUCGACCUGGAGACGGUGCUGAUGGAGUACGAGAGCUACUUCUUCAUCAAGUUCCAGAGGUUCCCCAAACUCACUAGAAGAGCAGAAGAGCCAGUGGAGAGCAGACUUGUGAGAAGUUGUGGCAAGAAGAGGACUACGAAGCCCCUGCCUAAGAUCAGCCCGUCCCACAGACCGCAGUCUGGAAGUGUCGCCAAGACGACCGAGUCCACGGUGACGGUCAGGGAUGCUGGUAAAGCUGCCGGUGAAAAUGACCUCUCCGCUCCUCCCGAGUCCUCAGAGUUUGGCCUCAGUGUUUCCUCCAUCAGCAGAAACGGCACAGGAAGGGAGGCAGGCGUGGACAGGAAGAGCCAGCUGACUAAUGGCAAAGUUUUGAACCAUGAUGCUUUCAGAGGAGCUGGCAGUGACUUGGAUCACACGGAACGGCUGCUGAAGCCCCUCGGUGCUUUAUUUGGAACAAACAGUGAACUGAGAGAACUGGCUGCAGUUAUCAGCAAGGACAUUUAUUUGCACAACCCCAACGUGCGGUGGGAGGACAUCAUCGGCCUUGAGGACGCCAAGCGAACAGUCAAAGAGGCCACCGUCUAUCCCAUUAAGUACCCCCGGUUUUUCACAGGCAUCCGGUCUCCCUUGAAAGGCCUGCUUCUCUAUGGCCCUCCAGGCACUGGCAAGACCAUGCUGGCCAAGGCAGUGGCCACAGAGUGUAACACCACCUUCUUUAACAUCUCUGCCUCCAGCAUCGUCAGCAAGUGGAGGGGCGAGUCUGAGAAACUGGUCAGGGUGCUGUUUGAGCUGGCCAGGUAUUACGCUCCGUCCACCAUCUUCCUGGAUGAGCUGGACUCUGUGAUGGGACACAGGAGAAGCAGCUCGGGAGGAGAGCAUGAGAGCAGCCGCAGGGUGAAGGCAGAGCUGUUGGUUCAGAUGGACGGACUAGCAAGAUCAGACGACCUGGUCUUUGUCCUGGCUGCCUCCAAUAUGCCAUGGGAGUUGGACCACGCCAUGCUGAGGAGGUUAGAGAAGAGGAUCCUGGUUGGUUUGCCAUCCGAGCCCGCACGCCAAGUCAUGAUCUCUCAUUGGCUGCCCCCCCUCAGCUCCACAGGAGGGGUCGAGCUACAAACUGAGCUGGACUACCAAACACUGGCAAAGGAGACAGAGGGCUACUCUGGCUCUGACAUCAGGCUGGUGUGUAGGGAAGCUGCCAUGAGACCUGUCCGCAAGAUCUUUGAUACUCUGGAGUCACACAAGCAGGGACCCUCUGACAUGCCCGACAUUAGGCUGGAAACUGUAGCGACUGCCGACUUUCUGGAGGUGAUGGCGCACACCAAACCCUCGGCCCGAAACCUGACCCUCAGAUACACAGCCUGGGAGACAGAGAAUGAGUGUGUGUGACUCUCCUGUACAUGUGCACGUACAGUUUCACCUUCACACACAAAUGACACAGUCUGCCUGAGAAAGUUUUUGUUCAUACUAUUGUAAAUAUGAAAAUUCACCUGCUGGUUCAUAUGGCCAUUGUUUUAUUGGAUGAGAAGAUGUCAUUUAUAUAUGCACUCUUUCUAAUUGUUCAUCCACAAAAUAAGUACGGUAAAAUAAUAAAUGGAAAGCCAAGGAUAUAGCUCCAUUCAUUCAAGCAUCAUUUUAAUGACUAAACAUUUGUUAUUGUAGCAAGGGAUUGUUGAUAUUAAAGCAGCUUCCCCAUA